AGGAUCGCGAACAUUCGAAGCGGCACCUGGAAGCAUCUUCCCCGACAAGUCCAUCGCCAUUAAAGAUUUUGCAUUUGCAUAUAUGCUGAUCAGCUAGCAGUAGCCCCUCCAUCAUCUAUCUUUUAACUCGUAGAAUCGAUCCAUCUGUCGCCGCUAGUAGCUUCAACAUAUCAGAAACUCUGAUAUCUUAGCAAAGAUAUAUAUAAUAAUCUUCUCGGUCUCCCUCUCUCUCUCGAUCGUGGGUAAAUAUUGAAAACCAAGCAAGUUAGAUUGACAUCAAUGGCGUCUCUGCAACGCAGUACUGUCUUCUUCCUUCCUCUCCUUCUUCAUGCCUUCUUCUUCCUCUCCCACCCAGUCUCUUGUAAUGAUGUAGAAGACAAGCUCUUCAAAGGCAUAAACAACUACAGGGGAACAGCAAACCUGCCAGCUCUCUCCGAGAACGACCAUGCCGGUUGCCUUGCCGACGAGAUCGCCGAAAAAAUAGAGGACCAACCCUGCACCAAAACCACCGGUGCCGCUUCGGGCACCCAGCCUCGGUUUUCUGAUUACCCGGACCCUCUCAAGAAGUGCCAUUUAAACAUCAACAACACCAAAGAUGGGGUGAUCCUGCAGGCCUGUGUUCCAGACCUGGACUCUGACCUUGUCCUCUCUAACUUCACCAAAACCCAGUACGCAAAGUUUCUGAAUGACUCGAAGUAUACUGGAGCCGGGAUCGGUUCCGAGGGGAGCUGGAUAGUGGUCAUCCUGAGCACGGGCACGGCCGGAGGGAGCUUUGAGGCUUCUGAUGGAGGAGUUGGGUUGGUUUGGAUGGGUGGUGCAGGGAAAUCUUGGUUGGUUUCUUUGCUGAUGGGCUUGCUUUUGGCUCUGGUCAUGAACUGAAUUAAGCUUGUCUUUUUUCUUCUGUGUUCUUCUUUUGAGUUGUGUGAAGCUGUGAAGUUAUCUAUAUUGGGUAAUGCAACAUAAUACUUUCCGCUCGAGAUCGAGGUAUAAGCUAGCAUACCUCUGUGUUCUUCAAUUGUUUCGAAACUUGGUGUACUAUAAGUCUAUAAUGGAAUACAGAGACCCACAAGAAUGAUUGUAAA